AUGUCGAGCAGCACGACACCGUCCAACGGAGUCAUUGACAAACAUCAACAACACUUACCAAAUGCUGAACAACAACGCGAAGCUAUUAUUAUACAGAAGACAACGGCGGCUAUUGCUGCCGAAGGACUACCACUGAUGGCCGACAGCCGAUCAUCGGCACAACCUAUGCCCUCUCCACCCUUAUCACAACAGCCACCUCCAACUAAACCCCGCACUCGUCGUUCACGACGCAUGUGUCGCAUGUUCUUCCCGAGUUCAGGUAGAAUGGGCUUCGAUAAAGUGAAGAUUUCAGAUGAGCUACCACCGAUCGAGACACUACAUAACAUGAUUAUGUUUGAAACACGUCUCCGAUUAUCGGAGCCCAUUCAAGAGCUCAUGGACUUGUACCAUACAGAUGAAGAUAGUGUUACUUUGAUACACGAUCUCAUUCAGCAACAUGUCGUUGAACAUUUCGGAUAUCACCAUGUGAAUGCAUUACGUACUGCUUUGUAUCGCUUUCCGGAUGAUCCUAUCGUCAAGGAAGCAUUUUAUGGUAAGUCUUUAUUGGAAAUAAUUCGAAUGAAUCGAUCCGGUGCAAAUGAAGCUAUUCCAGUUACGAAUACUUCUGUAUCGAACGAUAAAGUUUGA